UGUGGCGCUGGCUCUCAGGGUGAGAGGAGAGCAGAGCAGAAAGCAGGACAGCCCUCUUGUGAGUCUGUCUGCCUGUCUGUCUGUGUCUUUGUGUAUGUGCAUGCGUGUUUGGAGGAAGAGGCAUUCGCAUGACAGCCCUCUGUCUGUGUGUGUAUGUGUGACAGCUCUUUCUCGUGUGUGUUUGUAUGUGUGUGUUUGUACAUGCGUGUGUGUGUGUGUGUGCGCGCGUUUAAAUAGAGGGACAUUUACAAAGUACUUUCGUCGUGUCAUUCUGUAAUGAAGAGGAGCUUCUGUCUUUGGGAUUAUAAUUGAGGAUCAAGAGGCACUUUUGACAACUGAGGACUGAGUUUGAGCCCGUCUGCGGUAUGAUGGCGUCACACGUUAGGCUGAAGAGGGACAAAGUGGCCGCACAGGACUACGACGCGCAAAUCAAAGAGGUGCGUGGUCAGCUGGUGGAGCAGCUGAAGGUGUUUGAUCAGCAGCUGGAGCAGAAGAGCCAGCUGCUGCAGGACCUGGGGGACUACCUGCGGCGGCGCGGGGAGAUCGAGGCCGAGUACGCGCGCUCCCUCGACAAACUGGCAGACCGCUUCAGCUCCCGGAUAAAAAGGAAGGAGCAGAAUGGCCACUCAGUGCUUCAGUGUUGGCUGGUUCUGCUGGGUCAGACGCGUCAGGAGGGCCGUGACCAUGCGGCCGUUAGUGACAUGUGCAGCACCAGCCUCCCCCAGAACCUCUCCCUCUGCCUGGAGCACACACAGCGCCUGGCCAAGCGGACUAAGGAGGUGUGCAGCCUGGUUCAGGAGGACCUUCUGAAGGUCACUACGGAGAUGCAGACGAUGCUGAAGACUUACCAUCAGUACCACACCGAGUUUGUGUCUGCAGAAGGGAAACUGAAGGAGGCGGAGAAACAGAAACAGGGCGCAAAGAAAGUGGAGAAAUUAAUAGAGAAAAGGCAAGGGAAAGUCCAGGAGAUCCAGUUCAAGUGCACUAAAGCCCGCAAUGACUACCUGCUCAGCCUGGCCACAGCCAACGCCUCCAUGAACAAGUACUACCUCCAGGAUAUCAGCAACCUCAUUGAUACCAGUGAUGUGGGCUACCACCCUUGGGUGUGCCGGGUCCUCCAGGGCUUUGUGUCGGGCCAGUCGCGGCUGCAGCAGAGCCUGGGCUCCCAGCUGGCCCAGCUGAGCGGCGCCGUGGCAACGCUGGACCAGGUGAAGGACCGAGACACCAUCCUCCAGGCCCACGACACCACCUUCACCCUGCCCCUCAGCUUCAAAUACCUGCCCCACGAGGGCGACCCGGUGUGUGAGGUCCAGGCUGACUUUGACAUGCAGGACGAGUUGGAGACUCGUUUUCAGCAGAUGGAGUCCAGGCUGGAGACCUUCACCAAGGAUGCCGAGCGGGCUGGUGAGACGCUGGAGGAGGCCCUGUCUGGCAUGAUUACAGUGAUUGGUGACGAGGACCUGGGAACCCCCACGGACCCCAACGGCACCCAGAGCCAGGAGCCCAGCCUGGCUAAACGCAGAGCCAACCUGCAGGACAUGGAGAACUUCUACUUUACAAAAGUGAAGGAGCAGCUGCAGUCCAUGUCAGUGAUCUCCAAGCUCCAAGCCAAACAUGAGCUACUACAGGUGGCCCUACAGAAAGCCAGAGUGAACGGCGAGAACAACACCAGCACGCGCAACAGGAGGUCCCUGAGGCAGCAGAGGAGUUAUCGCAGGAGCCACCCAGGCACUCAGGUCAACCAGAAGCUCUUCACUGGAAACCUGCUCUCCUACAUUGAGGCCUCGAAGCAGAACAUCCCACUGGUCAUGAAGAGCUGCAUUCGGUUUAUCAACCUCAAUGGUUUGCAUCAUGAGGGCAUAUUCCGAGUGCCUGGGCUGCAAGUGGAAGUCAACUCUCUGAGGGACGCCUUUGAGAACGGUGAUGACCCGCUGGCUGACGGCAUGUCUGAUAUGGACUCUGUGGCGGGCGUGCUGAAGCUCUAUUUCAGAUCGCUGGAGCAGCCUCUCUUCCCUGAGGAGAGCUUCCAACAGCUGAUGGACUGUGUCUCAAUCGAGAACGAGUCCGAGAAAUGUGCCCAGAUCAAGGCCGUCAUUUCGUCCUACCCCAAACCUCUCAUCAUCGUCAUGAGAUACCUCUUUGCAUUCCUCAACCAUGUGUCGCAGUAUAGUGAUGAGAACAUGAUGCUGCCUUACAACUUGGCCGUGUGCUUUGGGCCCAGCCUGAUCCGGGGCCCGGAGGACGUGGACGCCUCCACCCUCCAGAAGAUCAACGCCCUGGUCAAGAGCAUCGUCAUCCAGCACGAGAGCAUCUUCCCUGGGCAGACCGAGCUGCCCGGCCCCUCCUACGAGAAGUGCAUGACCCUGGAGCCCGAUGACUGUGAGCAGAAUGUGGACGAGGUUGAGGGGGAUCUUGAUAGUCCUUCAGUGCGAGAGGAUCUGGAGGCGGUGGCCCUGUUUGACUACACGGCGCGCUCGUCCACAGAGCUGUCCUUCAGGAAGGGCGAGCACCUGACGCUGCACAGCAAGCCCUCGGACGACUGGUGGAGAGGGGAGUCCAACGGAGCCCGCGGCCUCAUACCACACAAGUACAUCAGCCUCACUGGUCCUGAUGCUGCUAAGAGAUCUGAGAAGAGGAAUAGCACAGGGACCCUCGACGAGGUUGAUAUCACGAGCCAGAAGAGUGGUAGUCGUGAGCGAGCAGGGUCUCUGGGUGUAGGUGGGGUCCACGGGAUGAAGGCCUCCCUGAACCUGCCAAAGGGACACAUCAUCAUGCCAGCCACCUCCCCCGACGUCUUCCGCAAGCACCUGCAUCCACAGGGCAGGAAGGGUGCAGCAGAUGAGAUGGGCCGCUCGGGCAGCGUGGAGAACAUGCUCGUUAAGGUGGACAAGGAGGUGUGCCAGCAGAUGAACCAUGUCUUCCACGAGCUGCUCUCGCGACACCCCCUUGUCGACCCCCAGGGCACCAACUCCUCAGGAGGGUCCACUGCCCCCUCCUCCCUCCCCCACCACCACCACCACCCCCACCAGCCCUCUCAUCUCCCUCAGAAGAAGACAGCCUUCGGCCGGAAAAACAGAGAUCAGCAGAGCCGAUAGCCCUCGCUUCAUAUCAGCAGAGGAAGUUGACUCGAGACAAGACAAGCUGGGCUUGACAACGCACAAACCUUACCAACCAACGAACGCACGCAAAGAAGCCCACAGGGGUUGGGGCGAGGGACAAAAAAGGGUCAGUUGUCGAGGGCCCAGUAAGAGAGGGGUCCCAGAAUUGGGUUGUCAUUGCAUUGUAGUAUGUAUUGCAUUUGGGAUCCUUCCAGAAGACUUGGUUGUCCUGGGCCUUGCCAAACCUGUCAGCGGCCCUGCACUUACGAAAACACAGACCAACGAGUGAAUGAAUCUCACUGACAGAUUGCCAAGAACACGAUUUGCAUACGUCAAGAAAAGGGAACUUUUUCACACAAAGGACUUGUGUUUUUUCCUUUUUUGUGUCCAGAGAAGUGAACAGUUUGCAGUUUAAGUGGAACUGUUUUGUGUGAGCUGGAGCUUGACACACACACACACACAUACACACACACACACACACACAUACACAUACACAUACACAUACACAUACACACACACACACACACACACACACACACACACACACACACACACACACACACACACACACACACACACUGGGUUGAACUGGAAGCUUCCUGUAAGAAUUACUUUUUUUGUCAUCGACAGAUUCCUCCUUCACCCCCAUCGGCUUGACCUGGACCUGUCUCUUUACUGACACCAUGUGGUGGUACAUGUGUAUUGACGUUGGACAAAGUCAGCCUACUAGGCUACUUACUAUAGUAGUCCCUGGAGCUAAAGCCUUAUUUAAUUUCUGUCUUUGGCAGCUGUAUCUGCUCACGGCCUGUGGUGUAUUCCAAGAACAUGGUUAAGUGAUAAGCCUGGCUUUGCCUACAGUUAAGCUACAGGAAGUGGUAAACCUAAUAAUAGAUAGCCCUCCGGCUCUUCUAUUAGAUGAUUUACCACUACCUCAAGGUCAACUUAACCUGGUUUACUAUUGAACAAACUUCUUGGGAUGCCCCCCUGUUCUACUCUGGUUUGUCUCCUGGACUUAGUGUGGGUCGAAAGGUCCAUCCUGGCCACUGGUGUGUGUGUGUGGCUUGGUCAUGGCAACCAUAUCACCUGGAGCAUCGGAUGCUUGGCUUCCACUUUGUCUACUGGGUUCAUUCAGGACUGCUUUUGAUACCGAUACCAGAUACCGCACACACGUGCAUGCAUGUACACACACACACACACACACACACACACACACACACACACACACACACACACACACACACACACACACACACACACACACACACACACACACACACACACACACACACACACGCACACAAACGCACAAACUCUUUAGAUGCCACCACACACAAACUUUCCGAUGCCAUACACACACGUGCUUAUCGUCUUUCCGAUGCCUCAAACUUCCUGUCCUUGAUGGUCUUAAUCAGGGCUACGUAUCUGUUGCUGAUGGGGGAUGCCCGUAGUGUUGCCAUGGCGACUCACCACACAGAACAGAAGUGGCCAAUGUGGCUUUUCUUCAACCAACGCUGCACCACAGGUGGUUUCUCUUAUCACAGUCAAAGGUUACAAUAUGCUAUGCUUACAUCAUCACUGUAGAACUCUCUCUCUCUCUCUCUCUCGGUCUCUCUCUCGGUCUCUCUCUCUCUCUCUCUCUCUCUCUCUCUCUCUCUCUCUCUCUCUCUCUCUCUCUGGCCACUUUAAUGACAAAAAUAACAGUGACUCAUUGCUCCUAGUGCCAUUCACUGGUCUGAGACUGUUGUCCUUUUAUUUACUGUAUGUGGACAUGUUAUGUACAUGUGUACACUGUAAGUUAAAAUAAGUUUGAAAUAAAU